UACAUCCCGGCGAAAUAUUAGGCCGGCGGGGCAUGGAAGGCAGGAGCAAGGCCGCCGCGAUGCCGUCGGAGCCGGUGAGGCUCAUCAGCUGCUUCGCCAGCCCGGUGGUCCACCGCGCCGAGCUGGCCCUGCGCCUCAAGGGCGUCCCCUACCAGCUCAUCGAGGAGGACCUCAACAACAAGAGCGAGCUGCUGCUCACGCACAACCCCGUCCACAAGACCGUCCCCGUGCUCCUCCACGGCGACCGCUCCAUCCCGGAGUCGCUCGUCAUCGUCGAGUACGCCGACGAGGUCUUCUCCGGCCAGCCGCUCCUUCCCGUCGACCCCCUCGCCCGCGCCAACGCCCGCUUCUGGGCCCGCUUUCUGGACGAGGAGUGCAAGAAGCCGUUGUGGAUGGCGCUGUGGACAGACGGCGAGGCGCAGGCUGCGGCGGCGAGGGAGACCAAGGAGAAGCUGACGCUGCUGGAGGCGCAGCUGCCGGAGGGGAAGAGGUUCUUCGGCGGCGACGCCAUCGGCUUCCUCGACAUCGCCGUCGGCGGGGCGCUCGCGCACUGGAUGGGGGUGUUCGAGGAGAUGGCCGGGGUGCGGCUGCUCACCGAGGAGGACCACCCAGCGCUGUGGCGCUGGGCGAGGGAGUACAGGGCCGACGAGACCGUGCGGCAGUGCCUCCCGGACAGGGCCCGCGUGCUUGCGGCCUUGGCGGCGAGGAAGGAUCUGUAUGUUUCCAUUGCUAAGGCCAUGGUUGCACACAAGUAGCGUACUGGUCAACGCUGCCGAAAUCAGGCCUAUGUAUACAUGUCGAUGCAUAUCCGAUGUUCUUGGAAUAAAAAGAAGUGAAAAGUGCGUCCGCCGCCUCCUAUGUUCA